AUGAUAGCCCAUAGCCCUGGCCUUGUAGUAAAACAGUGGAGCCCUUGGACGCCACGGGCACUAGUGAUAAUCGUUGCACUUGCUAGUUGUUUGGUCCUCAUAGGUUUAGCAUUAGGUUUAGGUUUGGGUAUUGGAUUACACAAUAGUAAUCAAAAUUUGAUUGUGGUUAUAAAUGCAACAUCUAUAACAGAUACAACAACUACAACAACAACAACAGAUACAACAACUACAACAACAACAACAACAACAACAACUACGACAACAACUACGACAACUACAACUAUAGUUGUGGGAAAAUAA